AGUGUGGACAGCGUCACCUACUGGUGAAAAGUCACAAAGCCACGUUGGAAACCUGGGCGCACCCGUGACGUCACUUGGUGAGCGACAGCGUCAACUGGAGGUCUGAAGUCAGUUUGGGGAACGUGACAGUUCUCCAACCCGAAAAUGGUCAAAUCGGGGAAACUUCGGUCUGGGACUGGUUCGAAGCUUAAACGGUGGAAGAAGGGCCAUAGUAGUGACUCCAACCCGCAGACGAGCCGUUUUCGGGAGGCUGCUAAAAGCCGCUUCUUCAGCCGACCCACCGGAAAGAGCGAUCUAACAGUCGACGCUCUCAAGCUUCACAAUGAACUGCAGACGUCUCCCCUGGAGCUCAGUGCAGGCAGCCGUAAAGAUGCCCGCAUGGAAGAGGAGCCUGAUGAGAUGCAGUCGGAGAGAACUUCGGGCACCUUCCUCAGUGGCCUUUCGGACUGCUCCAACCUCACCUUCAGAAAGGUGCAGCGCUUCUGGGAGUCCAACUCGGCUGCACACAAAGAGAUCUGCGCAGUUUUGGCGGCUGUCACUGAGGUCAUCCGAAGCCAGGGAGGAAAGGAGACUGAAACAGAGUACUUUGCUGCUUUGAUGACCACCUUGGAAGUUGUGGAUUCAGCAGAGUCCCAGGCUGCAGUGGCUUACCUCCUCAAUCUUGUCAUGAAACGUGUUCCUGCUCCGGUGCUCAUGUCUAAGUUUUCGGACACAACCAAAGCUCUGAUGGACAUCAUGUCGAAACAGGCCACAUCUGACACGGCUUCGGCACUCAGAUGGAUCCUGUCAUGUCUGGCCACCUUGCUGAGGAAGCAGGAUAUAUCUGUCUGGACAUACCCGACCACUCUGCAGGCUUACCAUGGUCUGCUCAGCUUCUCUGUUCACAGCAAGCCCAAGGUCCGUAAAGCAGCUCAGCAGGGUGUUUGCUCCAUUCUUCGAGGUAGUGAUUUCCUGUUUACUGAUAACGCCCCGAGCCAUCACCCUGCUGCAGUGACCACUGCAAAGUUCUGCAUCAAAGAGAUGGAGCAGGCGGGAGGCAGCAAAGAGGACACCACUACGCUUCACGUGCUCUGUCUCAUGAAGGAGCUGAUGGGAACAUUCCCCCUGGGGGCUGUCAAGUCCUGCUGUGAGACUCUGCUGCGUGUGAUGACUCUGAGCCACGUGCUGGUGACGGCCAGUGCCAUGCAGGCAUUUCAUAAACUGUUCAGUGGGAAGCCAAAUGCCUCCCUCCUCUCUCCAGAACUCAACGCACAGAUCAUCACGGCUCUGUACGACUACCUUCCCAGUGAGAACGACCUGCAGCCUCUGAUGGCUUGGCUCGCCGUCAUGGAGAAAGCACACGUUCACCUCGCGGGGUAUCAAACAUUCAUGUUUUUCUCUCAGCUGUGCAUGAAUGGCAAGCCGCAGAUCAAUGAACGCUUACAGAGUUCCCUGAGUCUGGGCCACCUCCCUCGCCUCUUCUCCACAGCCAUGUCCUGCCUGCUGUCACCACAUACUCAGGUGGUGUCUGCGGCCACCAACACGCUAAAGACUUUGCUGACCGAAUGCGUUGCCCCCCAUAUGGACGAGAUGGGGAUGGUCACUGCCACAGCCUCAGCGGGAAACCCCUCAUACGUCUGCAAAAUUUUUCGCAUCGUGGAGGAGGGACUGUCCUAUCGCUUCCAUGCCGCCUGGCCCUUUGUGCUGCAGAUCCUGAGCUGCUUCUAUCGAGCGGCUGGAAAACAGGCCCACCCCGUCAUGAGCAAAGUAACCACCGUGAAACGUUUCGGAUCUCUCCUCUGGACUGAAGGUCUCACCGAGUGUCUGUGUGUCUGUGGACAGUCCCUGCAGUCUCUGGCCGACCUGCGCGCCACUCCUCAUUUCCCCUUCAGCGGGGAGUUGGACCUGGCUCUGGGAGGAGCUGUGGAGAGCAUGGGGCCUGAGAUCGUGCUGACAGCCGUGCCUCUCAACAUCACCGGCCACGACGACGACCUGGAGUUCCCGCGCAGCUGGCUCAUCCCGGUCAUACGAGACCACGUGAAGAACACUAACCUCGGAUUCUUUACCUCAUAUUUCCUCCCACUGGCUUCUACUCUCAAGCAGAGGGCUGAGGAGUUGGAGAAAGAUGAAAAGAAACUAGAGGCCAAAGUCUACCAGACCUUACAGCUCCAGAUUUGGACCAUGCUUCCCGGCUUCUGCACGUGUCCUGUGGACCUGCUGGCGUCUUUCAAAGGCAUCGCCCGCGUGCUCGGCAUGGCGAUUAACGAGCGUCCGGACCUGAGGCUCACCGUCUGCCAGGCGCUGCGCACUCUGAUUGGCAAGAGCUGCCCCACAGCGGAAGAAAAGGCUGAAAUUGGCCGCUUCUCCAAGAACUUCCUGCCCAUCCUUUUCAACGUGUUCAGCCAGCAGCCCCCGGCGGGGGAGCCUGGAACGUACCGGAUGGCUGUGCUGGACACCAUUAAAGUCUAUUUAUCAGUCACUGAAAUGCAGGUCUGUCAGAUCUGUGCCACUUGGCGCCGCAUUGUGGACUUUGCACUGGCCAAAGAGCCCGGCAUGCAGAAGAAGGCCUACCGUGUGUUGGAGGAGAUGUGUGGAGCAGAGAGGGACGAAUGCAGAUCCUUCGUCGUCUCCAACCUGGAGACACUCAAAGUCGUGCUGCUCGACACAUUGAAAAAUGCCUCCUCACCAGCAAAGAGGCCCAGACUGAAGUGCCUGAUCCACAUCGUGAAAAGGCUCAAUGAGGAGCACAAAGACUUCAUCACCGCACUGCUACCAGAGGUAGGGACACGGAUAAGGGCCGAGAAUCGCAACGCAGAUGGUGCCAUCGUUUCCUGUUUUUCACAGCAACGCUCUCACUUUCAGGUGAUCAUAUGCACCAAGGAGGUGUCAGUCGGGGCUCGUAAGAACGCUUACAAUCUACUGGUGGAGAUAGGAAAUGCUUUCGUUCGCUUCUGUGAGAGCAGAAAAGCUCUUUUAAAUGACGGGCUCUCCGCCGCUCUUCCAGAUGCCAUGGAGCAGUACCUGGUGCUGGUGUACGCUGGACUCACAGGCUCCGUCACCAUGAUCACCUGCACCGUGCUGGCACUGACGCGGAUAGUGUUCGAGUACAAAGACUCCAUAGAGGUGUCCACCAUGGAGCAGCUGCUGCACAACAUCUGUGUGCUGCUGUCGUCUCGCACCAGAGAGAUAGUCAAAGCUGCGUUAGGUUUCAUCAAAGUCAUCCUGUUCGUGAUGGACAACAAGGCGCUGGCCUCGCACGUCACCGUCAUGAUGGAGGGCAUCGGAAACAUCACGGAUGACGUGAGGAGACACUUCCGAACCAAACUGAAAAACAUCUUCACCAAGUUCAUCCGGAAGUUCGGGUUCGAGCUGGUGAAGAGCAUGCUGCCCGCGGAGCACCACAAGGUGCUGGCCAACAUCCGCAAGGCCGAAGCCCGCAGCAAGAGGCGGAGGCAGGCUGCCGAGGAGAAGGACGACUCAGGGAGCGAGGAGGAGGCCCCCAAAGCAAAGAGCCAAAACAUUGAGGACAUUCUCGCCGAGUCCGACAGCGACUUGUCAGAAGAUGAAGGAAAGCCCCCGAAAAAAGCCGGCAAGCAGCAGAAAGGGCGGGCGUGGCUCAAAGAGGGAGCGGACGACGACCCGCUCAACUUCUUGGAUCCUAAGGUUUCCCAGAGAGUUCUAGCCACAAAUCCCGAGCUGAAGAAGAGCAACAAGGCCGAGCACGGCUUCAAAGUGACCUCAGACGGACGGCUGAUCAUCAGAGACGAGGAAGAAGAGGAUGGGAAAGACAAAGAUGGUGAAGAGAUGAACGACAUUCUGGAAGAAGCGGGAGUCAAAAGUAAAAAGUCCCAGAAGAGGAAAUUUCGAGAUAAUAACUUUGACGAUGACAUGGACAUUGAGCCACAGCUGAAAUAUAAAGGUAUCCACAGGCCACUGGGAGGAAGGCAAGACAUUGGAGCCGAUUACAAAUCAAAGGUGAGCCGGCAUGAAAAGCUGUCGCUGCAAGGCAGCGGCAUCAGAAAGGGUUUCUCUGGAACGGCCGCCAAAGGAAAAGGAGACGUGAAGAAGAAAGGACAGCCGGACCCGUACGCGUACAUCCCUCUGAAGAAGGCCCAGCUCAACCGCAGGAAACGGGCCAAGCUGCACGGCCAAUUCAAAGGCAUGGUGCGGGGAGCCCAGAAGGGGGCGCUGUCUGGAAAGAAACAGCAGAGGAAAAAGGGGAAAGCGUGAAGAAACCAACUUUAUUUAACUCCAUGGACUAACUGUGAUGCGAGCGGUGGUGUGUUCAACGUGCAAAAACCUAAACACAAACUCCAGACGUGAGUCCACAGAGGUAGAACCGGUUUGUUUUUAAACCGACGCCUCAAGUGGUGCGAGAGCAGUCAAUAAAUAACUGUGUACAACGGCGUAGAGCACGUUGAAAACACCGCCCCCGCCAUGAAUUGGCCUCCGCAGUCACCAGGUCCUGCAUCAGAUCUAUUUCUCCUGAACAACGGACU